UAUUUUUUUACCCGCUGAAACUAAGAGAAGCUAGGACAACGUUAUAGACGCCCCCCUAAAUUCUAUUUCCCCAUGAUCGGUCCUUUGUCUUCUUCUUUCGACUACCAUACGCCCUUACUCUUGUUUACUCUCUCGAUCUCACUCUCUCUCUACCGCCAGCAAUGGAGGCCAAGCUACUAGAAGCUGCUAUCCCAGGCCUUCCAGCCAGCCUCAAAUCUUCAAGACCCACUUUGCUUCUCGCCUCCCAGAACACCCUUAACAUCGGUAGAAAGGGGCUUCGCCCUCCUCAAGUUUCUUGGUUUUCUUCAUCCUCCUCGUCUCCCAUCAGACAUGCAAGAAAGAAGAGGGUGGAUGAGAGUGAGACCUUGACACUAGACGGCAUAAGGCACUCUUUGAUUCGAAAAGAAGACAGCAUAAUAUUUAGCCUUUUGGAGAGGGCUCAAUAUUGUUAUAAUGCAGAUACAUAUAACCACGAUGCAUUCUCCAUGAAUGGAUUCCGCGGAUCAUUGGUUGAGUACAUGGUCAGGGAAAGUGAAAAACUCCAGGCUCAGGUGGGCAGAUAUCAGAGCCCGAACGAGCAUCCUUUCUUCCCCACGGACCUACCUGAGCCAAUACUUCCACCUUUGCAGUACCCCCAGGUUUUGCACCCCUGUGCUGAGUCGAUCAAUAUAAACAAUAAGGUGUGGAAUGUGUAUUUUAGAGAUCUUCUUCCAAGAUUAGUAAAAGCAGGAGAUGAUGGCAAUUAUGGAUCAGCUGCUGUUUGUGACUCACUUUGCCUGCAGGCACUCUCCAAGAGAAUCCACUAUGGUAAAUUUGUUGCAGAGGCAAAAUUUAUCCAGUCACCUGCUCUGUACGAGGCUGCCAUUAGGGUACAAGACACGGCUCAAUUAAUUGAAUUGUUGACAUAUGAAACUGUGGAAGAAGCAGUCAAGAAGAGAGUAGAGAUGAAGGCUAAAAUAUUUGGACAAGAUGUAGACAUCAACCAAGAGGAAGAUGUGGCUGAUCCAGCAUACAAAAUCAAGCCAAGUUUAGUUGCCGAUCUGUUUGGGGAUUGGAUCAUGCCCCUAACAAAGCAAGUUCAGGUUGAAUAUUUGCUGCGAAGAUUGGAUUAAAAAAGAGAUUAAAGUGUACUCGUUGUUUCUUAUUUUGACUUUCUUUACAGGGUUUUUUGGAUGUUAAGAUAGCUAAUAAUUUAAAUAUCUACAUUAA